GAAUAUUAGGCCUUAUUUAGAUUCAUCAAUUGAACUCUUAACUAAUAAUCAAACCAUACAUUCACCUUGGUUUGUUGAUUCAUUAACAAAUGCCAUCAAUUGGCUUAAACAAAAUAAUUCUUAUUUAUGCGUAUAUUCAAGAAUGAUCCCUUCAAACUUAAAUACAACCAAUCCUUUUCCAUUAGCAGUUCAUAUACCUGAUGAAGAAGACGUACCUUCUUUUCAACAUGGGCUAGCAGGAGUCAGUAAAUCAUUUAUCAUCUACUUGCUAUUAAAUCACCUUCAAAAAAAUAAUCAUAACUAUUUAUUAAUGGCUUCCACGAGCUUUCAUAUAUUUGCUUUUCAUGACCCUAAUUUUAGUAAUUUUCUUCGUCAAAUUCGUAUAAUUAUUAUUGAUGAAAUUUCAAUGGUAUCUGGUCCAAUGCUAACUUAUAUCUCUGAAUUAUUUGAAUCUCUUCAUAAAAACAACCAUCCAUUUGGAGGCAUAAAUGUUAUAGUAGUAGGUAACCUAGCACAAUUAUCACCAGUCUGUGGAUAUAAACUUUUUAACUUUUUGCAAAAAAUAAGAAUGGGUAUAAUUGACAACAAUGUAUGGCAAACGCUAUUACAAAAAGAAAAUAAAACCACAACAACUUCUCAAAUAAAUACGAACUUAAACACCACUCAUAUCAUAGGUUAUCGAAAAACUGCAUAUCAAAUUAAUGAGAUAAUAUGUUCAAUAAUUCCUACAAAUCUAUCCACAGCAGUAAGAAUCCAACCUGGUGCAAGAGUUAUAUUCCUAAAUAAUACUCAACAUAAAGACCAUAUUGCAAAUAGCACCAUGGGUAUCGUAACUGAUAUUGAUUUAGAUUUAGAACCCAUCCAU